ACUGGCGGUAUUUAUUGACAUCAGUGAUCUUCUUCGAGUGAUUUCACAUUUUUAGAAAACUCUGUAUGAAAGUUCUUACACAUAAAAUUAAUUUUAUAUCUUCAUUUAAUACCCGAAUCAUAAUGUUGAAGCUAUGAUCAGUUUAACGGUUGCUCAGUACACUGAACUACACACUUUGCAUAAUUUAAAAUUUAGAUUUUAUUUGGACUUGCAAAUAGCGGGAAUGGUGACUUGAACAAAAGUUACAAAACAUGUGUGCCGUGUAUUACUGGAAACGGAUUGCGAGCACGAGGACAGUGGAUAUGCGCUGUUGCAAGCAUACUAUGUCAGGUUACCUGUAUUCACGUUUACGCGGCAUUUAUACGGACUAAGUUGGCUUAUGAGUACAAACACCGGACAGUGGACAACUAUAAUAUCAGAACUGGUUGUCGCAGUUGCACCAAUUUUUGUUCCCAAUCAGUAGCGAUAGUUAAAAAAUUUUACAGUUGGACUAGUUUCUGGAUUGUUUCCACCGUUAAAAAUGUGGAGAUAUUAUUUCGUGGUUCGAUUACUACUCCUGCUUACCGAUAUAGUUCCUCUAAUCUGCAUACAGAAUUUGAUGCCGUUAACGACCAAAGACGAGGGAAUCAAAUUCCAUAAAAAUCAUGAAUGCGAAACCGGCGAAUUCCCUUGCGCAACUUCUUCGAAGUGUCUUGCUCAGCGUUACUGGUGCGAUGAAAUAAAAGACUGCCCAGAAGGAGACGAUGAAAACGAAAAGUACUGCGGAGAAAAGACUUCCGGUUUCGGAAGAGCUUUUUUCCGGCGUAUUCAGGACUCGGACAAAGAAACGACUGAAGAUUGUUUGGCACCAGAGCCACUUCUGCCACCGGGAACGGGUUUUCAUCAUCAUAUCGGGACUGGAAAUGUUACAUGCUUUGUCAAACGAUUUCCUAAACGAUGUCAGUGCGUGGUCAAUCAAAUCAAAUGUGACAAUUUAUCCCUUACAUCCGUAUUUCCUUUUAACGAGGAGUACACGGAUACCAGCUCGCCUAUUUACACGUUUUCGAAAAACCGCAUUCAGUUUAUCCAAGAGGAUGCCUUGGCCAUGUUUCCUAAUUUACAGAAAUUGGAUUUUCGGCAUAAUUCAAUCUCGGGAUUAAAUCUCAAGGCCUUCAACAAUUUAAGCGAACUCAGGCAUUUACAUCUGGACUACAACAAAUUGUCAAAAAUCGAUCCUCGUGUGUUUUCCAAUCUACGAAAUCUCUGCUUUCUGUGGCUUGGGCAAAACCUUAUUCAGAACUGGGAACCUAAUUCAUUCAACAACAAGAAACUCCGUUGGUUGGACCUCAAAGCAAAUCGCAUAUCACUGGAAGCCGGCAUGUUUGCAAAACUUAGUUCAUUAUAUUACCUUGAACUGGAAAGAAAUGAAAUUCGCCAUAUUUCAAAAGAUCAUUUGAACGGACUCACCAGUUUACUAUACUUGGACCUCAGUAGCAAUCUUAUUGAAAAUAUUGAAGAAAACUCCUUCGAAGCCACCCCGCGCUUGGAAGAACUCUCAUUAGCAAACAACACAUUUACAACACUUCCUUCCCAUUUGUUCGCUCCUCUACAAAAUCUGCAAUUUUUAAAUUUGUCAGCUAACCCCGGUAUCCUUAGUCUUCCAAUGGAAAUUUUCAAAGGACUAAGCAGGCUAGAUCGUUUAAACCUGUCGGGAGUAUCAAUUAACAACAUUCAUAAAGAUAUGUUCAAGGACAUUCCCAACGAAGCGCUCAUAAUAUUUAGCAAGUUUCAUUAUUGCUAUUAUGCCGCGCAUAUUGUCGACUGUUUUCCUAAAUCCGACGGUAUCUCAUCAUCUGAAAACAUGAUCGAUCUUCUUAUACCCCGAAUAAUGAUUUGGGCCCUUAUCGCUUUGAUUCCAUUGGUGAAUUUGACGGUUUUGUUGGCGCGGUGCUGUAUCGCUUCAACUGAGCCGAUAAUGACAUCGGACGUACCUCAGCGCUAUCAUCGACACGAACAAGAUGUUACAAAUAAACUGCGAUACAAUUUGUUUGUUUCUUAUCUGCUCAUGGCUGUCUACUUAUUGGUCAUUGCCAUUUAUGACAUCCAGUUCAGAGAAAAUUAUCACCGGGAAGCAUACGAAUGGUUGCACGGAACUGCUUGCCAAGCCGCGGGAAUGCUGGCGUCGUUGUCCAUAUUCAUUUCACUGGUUACCAUGUGCGCUAUCCUUGCUGACCUUUGCAUCUGCAUCACCAAACCCCGGAAAUACCACCUUAGUUCCCGUGGAGCUGUUUGGUUGAUAGUCAAUAUGUGGUUUGCAGGGCUGAUGUUGUUUGGAAUCCCCGUUGCAGUAUGGGAUAACGUUACUGGCAGCUUUUAUGGCAAUAACGGAUUGUGCAUUCCAUUAUACCUGGAUGAGCCUUAUCUUAACGGCUGGUGGUACUCGUCUUUGCUGUUUUUCGGAGUGUUUACCGCCAGUUUGAUUAUAACCGUAUUUUGUGGAAUGCGGAUAAAAUACUUUCUGGCAACGAACAGUCAUUCCAAAGAACUGCUGACCGAACUGAAAUGGGAUCUCUAUGACUUCCGGCGUUAUCUCAUCAUCAUGAUCGUCAAUCUCAUUUGUUGGUUGCCGGUUAUUGUGGUGAAGAUGAUCGCCUUUACAUCAUUUGACAUCGCAAAUCAUAUUCACUCCUUUUACGCGAUAGUAGUGCUACCGGCGAAUAGUUUUCUUACUCCUCUUCUACAUGCGCAAAUGUUUACGGAUAUUCGGCGGAAGCUCGUGAAAGCAUGUUCGUUAUUUUUAAGAGGUCAUACUCGGUUUCUCCGAAAUGAAAGCUUCAAUGAUAUGGGACAUUCGACAGAAGUGAAAGUCGAUUCCUUUUUUCACCAGUCCAUUGUUGAAACUAGCUCUUUCCGCCCGCGCAGUCACAGUCCCAACAAGCGACCCGUUGCCUCACAGCGCCCGACACCCUCCCCGGUUGAACGAAUAAAUCUUGAAGCAUCCGAACGCCUGCUUCGGCCUCGCUCACCGGAAGUGCGUCCGCGGAGUUUCUGAAAACGUUAGCUGUUUGGAUCGCACUGUCUUGCAGGCGAAAUGAAAUUUGCUAAAUUAUAUUUUUUUAUAGUUCAAGUCGAGGCUAGUAUAUAUAAAGCAACGUUCAACACUAGGCGAGAUCGAGCUGCUGAUACGAAAUGCCGUUCAGCAUUAACUGGUUAAUAUUAUUGUGCGCCCUUAUAACUGGGCUCAGAAAAUGAGGUUUGCAUAAAGUCCAAUA